AUGGUGGAGCUUUCGCAGCCGCCGCCGGUGCUGGACGCGGUGUCGACGUGCGUGUCGUUUAUUUACCGGAUCUUGAACACGCUCGGACGCGUGUCGCGGCGAGCGACGGUGUCGAUUGCGGCCGAGGGAAUCACUGUUUCGGUCGAGAGCUCGAAGGCUUGUCAGGCUCAUGUAUUCCUUGACCGGGCAUUCUUCUCAACAUACCUCUUCAAUCCUCCCCACCAUCCCGAAGCUCCCCCAGGAUCCUACACCACCGCGCGCUCUACCUCCUCAGACGACGACAGUCCAAGCGUGGCAUUUAGUAUACAGCUGGAUGCGCUGAUUGAGUGUUUCCAGAUCUUUGGCAGUGAGUCUACUGCUGAAUCUGGCGCCGGUCGGAUGCAGAUCGGUGGACGUGCAGCUGGGGGAGGAGGAGGAGGAGGAGGAGAUGGCGAUAGUGAGCGACGACAGCAGCAGCAGGAGCAGCAGCAGAAAUUUCUGGGGUCCACGAGUGUCUGCAAGCUGCGGUAUAACUACCCAGGUGACCCUUUCCUUCUAAUGCUCGACGAAGGCAGUCUCACGACAACCUGCGAAUUCACAACCUCAACCGAGCUCGACGAAAUCAGCGACAUCAUUCUUUCCUCCGACGCGCUCCAUCUCAACGUGAUCAUGAAACCCGCCAGCCUGCUCGAAUCCUUCCGCGAGCUCGACACGCCCAGCACGUCUGAACCCACUCUUACCGUUUCUGCUCGGAAGAAUGCCAGCAGCGGGAAGAAUAGUACUGGUGGGGAACUGGAGCUGGCGUGCACGGGGGAAUUAGGUACUGUGGCGUGGCUGGUAACCACCCGUGACCACCGAAACGUGAUUGAGAACUUCGUCAUGAGCGACCAAAUCGCGCACCUCACGCACUCCUACGCCUACUCAAUGUUCCAAAAAGUCCGCGAAGCAGUCCGUCUCGCGACGCUGAUCAGUCUGCGCGUGGACGAGGACGGGAUCAUGAGUAUCCAGUCGAUGUGCGACAUCGGCGACGGCAGGAAGGGGUUUGUUGAUUUUCGGUUUUUGCCGGUCGAAGGUGACGGUGCUGAUGCGGAGGAUGACUAUGAUCGCGAACGGGCGGGGAAUGUGAAGACGCAGACGUUGACGGAGAGGAUUCGCAGGACGCAAAAGUCGCAGGCUGCUUCUGGUAUGAGUAUCUUUGACUCGAGUGAUAAUGAUGAUCUCUGA